GCCGGGGUGCGGCGAGAGAAUUGUUCCCAGUGUGCGUUGUACUACAGCCUUGUCGUGAAAUUCAAAGGCGAUUAAUAAGUUCCGAAAACUGUAAGAUCUUCGUUAUCUCUAAUUAGUGAGAUUUCUCUAAUGAGUGGCAUCAUACAAUUAUGAACAUCGUAAGAUCUUCUGGGAACAAGGAAAUGAUUUUCUUAUAAUGCAUUCAUCAAUCGCAAGAGAAAGGGUUGAAUCUUUGAGCGUCCUUAAGCCCUUGAGUCGUCAAACAUCUUUAGACAGUGUCUCCGGUCUGUCAGACGACAGCUACAGAAGCCAAACAGGAACCGGAAAUGUCGUAGUACUGGAGUACGUGCGUGCGAGGCAUGCGCACUUGCUUAACCAAACCUGCAUUAAAAAUGUGGAUUUAAAACACACGGACCAAAAAGUUUCAAACACGAGAGUUGAAAUUCACAGUUUGGACAUUUUACGGUCAAGGUCGUCAACGCGGUCACCGUACCUGUCUAGAAAUAUCAUCCCAAAAACUCCCACAAAGCAAGAGAGGGUGACACCAAAAGACAGAUCUAAAAAUUUAAUCUUUGAAGAGAUAGAAAACUUCGGCAUUUCACGGUAUAACAAAACUUAUUUUAUCAGAAACAAGAAAAACCACCGAGAGAAUCAGUCGUUGAUGGAUGUCGCCAAACUAAAAUACUCCGAUAAAAUAGCUUUACUGAACUCCAGGGGCGGUAACUCUCGCUCUCUGGGCACACUCAAAGACAUGGAAGAACGAUAUUCCAAGCGGAGACGAAACGAUAAAAAACACACAACGCACGCGGCCAAAACCAAAUCUCAGGAAAAUAUUUCUGCGGAGCUGCAGAUGAAAACCCCAAAACAGAAAGACGAGGCUGAAAUAGAGAGUACACAUUCAGCGAGUCAGGCGAUACAGGGGGACGCUACACUUGUUUUGAAAUCGGCAGAACAAAAUAGUGUAUCACAUGAAGACAGCACCACGGGUCAUGAACAAACAACUUGUCUAGAAGUCUCGCGGCUUGACGGGCAGGAAGAUGUGGGUCAAAAUGGCGCGGAGAAGGAGGACAGUGAGGUCCAGAGUUUCAUGGAGGUCACGAGUUCAACGGUGGACGCCAUUUUGACAGACAACAUGCCGCCAUUACCAAGUACGGGAGACACGACGGAGACGUUGUUGAUGGACUGGAGACAUGUUUUCCGCUCAGAGAUGAUACGUCUGCGGCAAGAGGCAAACGACUUCAGGAAGUUCUGUAUCACACAGGUACAGGCAGACGCAGAAGCUUUAGAAAAUUUCUUGAAUGAAAAACGUUCACCUCAAACUGCACAUACGACAGAUGGAAGUCCUGAUACCACCAGAGUUCUAGAACACAUACAGGAGAGCCACACCCACCUGGAGCUGUUGAAGCGGAAACAGAAGACGACUGACCUGGAAGCUGAACUGACCUCUAAAGAAAAACUCCUGGCUGAGAAGGAAAAAAGUCUGGAAGAUUACGAGAAGGAGAUACUGGAAGUAGAAUCCCUGCUAAAUCACAGGCAAGCCAUCUGCGACAGGAGGGAGAACGCUUUGACUCAGCUUGAUGAGGAUCUGGAGACUCUGAGGAAGGAACUGGAAGAAACAAAGGAACAAAUUCAAACAGAUGGGACCAUUCCCGUCUCCAAGUCACAGAAGGCCAAGAGCAACUGGGAUCUGAUCCGACGAAAUCUCCUGGACAGGCAGUACCUACUGGAGACCACCGUCCAGAAGUAUCGGUCAGAGCUUGCAGCUGCUACCUCCACCAUCGCAGGCAAAGACAUUCUGAUAUCUCGCCUUCAGAUACAGAUAACGAAAGUAGAGGAGGAACUGGUGAACAAAGAUAAGAGAAUCCAACUACUGGAAUCUAAACUGACCCUAGCACUGACCGAAGCCAGAAACCUGACCGAGCAUUUCAACUACCCCUCACGCCGGGACCCCGGGCCCUCCACCAGCUACCUCCGCCCCGAGGGCAGCUACAGCUCCCACUUCAUCCAGCGGCGCGCCAGCCAGGAGCUCAACCCGGACCACUUCCGGGGGGCGCAGCGGGGCGCCAUGUACCGGCGCCCGUCCCACAACGCGGACCAGGGGGAGGAGCCCAAGCCCAUCCUGACGGCGUCGUUGGACCACGACUCGGAGCAGCUGAGAAACGGCUCGAGGGUCAGCCGGAAGCGGAACAGCAUUAGCGACAACGCCAUCAUGAGGCUGACCCUGUCGACGCCGCGCGCCGAUGACAAGAACAGCCGGGGCAGCAGCGCGUGCAGUAUCCAGUGA